CAGCUACUGUACCAAAUUCACUCUCUCUCUAACCACUUUCUUUCCUUUUUCUUUUCCUUUCUUCCUUCACUUUCUCUCUCUAUAACUAUAGGUGGUGUAUGUUUAUGCCGUUUAUGUAUGUAUGAGUCUCUCUUACUUUCUCUGCAAAAAAGUUGGAUUGAGAAAUGCUGAUUGCCUUUGAUCAAAGGCAUCGCUUCCAAGGCAAGCAAGAAAGGCUCCAUUUUAUUUAUUACAAAAUAUAGAAAAAAAAUAGCUCAGAUAUCUCUCUCUCUCUCUCUUGGUCCCUCACUCACUCGCACAGAGCAAGCGUCUCUCAGAUCCGUCUCUUUCCGACUUCUGAGAAGAUCUCUGUGAUAUAAAGCUCGCUUUCUCCCCACUUUUCUCCAUUUGGUGCAUGCAAUGCUCCUCUGAUUGCGUUUGCAGAAGCUGACGUUGUCGCUGAUUUAUGCUGAAGUAGAAUUUGUAGUCGAUGUAUUGAAGGAUUGACUUCGAGCGGUAAUGGCAUCAAAACAUGGACCAAGGUCAAAAAAAUUCGGUUCAAGAGCUGCUAAUUCUCCUGCAUCUUCGACUACAUCGUCUUCAAAACAAUAUUUGGAAACAUCUAUUGAAGCUCAGAGCUCUCCUGCAUCUUCUUCAGCUCGAAGUAAGCCACAGUACUUGUACUCAGAAAGUGUGCCGCAAGAUGUGGAAAGAUCAAAAGAAAAUGUCACAGUGACGGUCCGCUUUCGUCCACUCAGCCCGAGGGAAAUUCGCCAAGGAGAAGAAAUUGCAUGGUAUGCAGAUGGAGACACUAUUGUGCGGAAUGAGCAUAAUCCAUCAAUAGCUUAUGCAUACGAUAGGGUGUUUGGCCCUACCACCACAACACGCCAUGUCUAUGAUGUUGCUGCUCAGCAUGUUAUUAGUGGUGCUAUGGAAGGUGUCAAUGGUACAAUUUUUGCAUAUGGGGUGACCAGCAGCGGGAAGACUCACACUAUGCAUGGUGAUCAGAGGUCGCCUGGAAUUAUACCACUGGCUGUGAAGGAUGCUUUUAGCAUCAUCCAGGAGACUCCAAAUCGAGAGUUUCUUCUUCGUGUGUCAUACUUGGAGAUUUAUAAUGAGGUUGUUAAUGACUUGUUGAAUCCAGCAGGACAGAAUUUACGAAUUAGAGAGGAUGCUCAGGGCACCUUUGUUGAAGGAACAAAGGAAGAAGUUGUACUAUCCCCAGCUCACGCCCUUUCACUUAUAGCAGCUGGAGAAGAGCACAGGCAUGUUGGAUCGACAAAUUUCAAUUUACUCAGUAGCCGGAGCCACACGAUAUUUACACUGACAAUAGAGAGUAGCCCAUGUGGGGAAAAUAGUGAAGGCGAAGCUGUAAGUCUGUCACAAUUGAACCUCAUCGAUCUGGCAGGUUCUGAGAGCUCGAAAGCUGAAACUACUGGUGUCAGGCGAAAAGAAGGAUCCUAUAUAAAUAAAAGUCUGCUAACUCUAGGAACUGUUAUAUCAAAGUUGACAGAUGCAAGGGCAACUCAUAUACCAUACAGGGAUUCUAAAUUAACCAGACUUCUUCAAUCUUCGCUAAGUGGUCAUGGGCGUGUAUCUCUCAUCUGCAAUGUUACUCCUUCAUCAAGCAGUUCAGAAGAGACACAUAAUACGUUGAAAUUUGCACACCGAGCAAAACACAUUGAAAUUCAAGCAGCACAAAACAAGAUUAUUGAUGAGAAGUCACUUAUUAAGAAAUAUCAAAAUGAGAUACGUAGUUUGAAGGAAGAGUUAGACCAGGUGAAGAGGGGUAUCGUUACAAUUCCUCAACUAAAAGAUGCUGGGGAAGAUGAUAUUCUGCUCCUUAAACAAAAGUUAGAAGAUGGUAAAUUCAAACUGCAAUCAAGAUUGGAACAAGAAGAAGAAGCCAAAGCUGCUUUAUUGGGAAGAAUCCAAAGGCUGACAAAGUUGAUUUUGGUCUCGACAAAAGCAACACAAUCAUCAAGGUUUCCUCAUCGACCUAGUCUUAGAAGAAGACAUUCCUUUGGUGAAGAGGAGCUUGCAUACCUACCAUACAAAAGGCGGGACUUGAUUUUAGAUGAUGAAAGCAUUGACUUGUUUGUUCCUCCUCUUGAGGGGAGUACUGAAACUACUGAAGAUAGACUGAAGGGGGAGAAGAAGACUCGGAAGCAUGGACUAUUGAACUGGUUAAAGCUACGGAAACGUGAUAGUGGUGCGGGGACCUUGACAAGCACCAGCGAUAGAUCCAGUGGAAUAAAAUCUACUAGUACACCGUCAACACCUCAAGCAGAAAGUGGUAAUUUUCAUGCAGAAUCCAGACUUUCACAUUCUCUACUGACAGAGAGUUCUCCAUCUGCUGAUCUUUUGUCCGAGGCUAGAGAGGAUAGAGAAGUUGGUCAGGAAAAUUUCCUGGGACAAGCAACACCUCUGACUACCACGAAAUCAAUUGAUCAGAUUGAUCUUUUAAGGGAGCAGCAAAAAAUCUUGUCUGGUGAGGUAGCACUCCAUUCAAGUGCUCUGAAGCGGUUGUCUGAGGAGGCAGCAAAAAACCCCCACAAGGAUGGAAUUAAUAUGGAGAUGCGAAAUUUAAAAGAUGAAAUCAAGGCGAAGAAUGAACAAAUAGCUUUGCUGGAAAAGAAAAUUGCGGAGUCCUUCAUUGUUUCACCCAACAAACUGGAUCAACUGGAAAUAUCCCAAUCUUUUGCUGAAGUGAUGGCACAAUUGAAUGAGAAGUCCUUCGAACUUGAGGUUAAAGUUGCUGAUAAUCGUAUAAUCCAAGAGCAGCUGGAACAAAAGGUCUCUGAAUGCAAAGGGUUUCAGGAAACAGUUGCCUCAUUGAAGCAGCAGCUCUCUGAGGCACUAGAGUCUAGAAAUUUGAGCCCAAUAGUCAGUUCUCAAACUGAUUCAAAAUUGCAUGAGGGUCUUUGCACAGAGAAAGAACAUGCAGUGGUGAAUGACACAAAUGAAAUUUUCCUUCUACAGAAGCAGGUGGAAGAACUGCAGCAGAAGGUGGCUGAACUGACCAAGUCAAAAGAACAUUUAGAAGUUCGGAACCAGAAACUGGUGGAAGAGAGUUCGUAUGCCAAAGGUCUAGCCUCAGCUGCUGCUGUUGAGCUCAAGGCAUUAUCAGAAGAAGUUGCCAAACUCAUGAACCAUAACGAGAAACUAACUGCUGAGCUGGCCGCAUCUAAGAACUCUCCCACCCAACGUCGAAGUAGUAGCACAGGCCGAAAUGGUCGGAGAGAGAGUCACGCCAAACAGGACCAAGGUGCGUUUGUCUCAGAAAUGAAGAGAGAACUGGCAGUGAGUAAGGAGAGAGAGCAUUCAUACGAGGCUGCUCUUAUGGAGAAGGAUAAAAGAGAGGCUGAGCUUCAAAGAAGGGUUGAGGAAUCCAAACAAAGAGAAGCCUACUUAGAAAAUGAACUUGCCAACAUGUGGGUUCUUGUGGCCAAGUUAAAAAAAUCCCAAGGAACCGAAACUGAUUCUUCGGAAUCAACAAAAGAGACUCGACGAUCUGAUGGUUUUGGAGGAUGGUGAGGGGGAUUCAAGAUGAUCCAACAAUAAUGAGCUUUCAAUAAGAUUGGUUUGAGAGAGAGUGAGAGAGGUGUAAAAAUGUGUGUUUUGUUUUGUAUGGCAAGGGUUUCUUGUUUGUGUAUAAUACAAAAUUAGGGCUUUUUGUUUUCUUUUCCCUUUUUCUUGGCAAGGGUUUACUGUUUGUUUGUAACAAAUUAGGGAUCUUUUCUUUUUUCGUUUUUCACAGUGCUGAUUCAAAUGUAUUCUACAUA